AAAGUAUUAUAUAUUUACAAUAUUAUGCGUAAUAUUAUUAUUAAAUAUUGUAUGUAAUAUAAUGUGUAAUAGUUUUACCCUACAUGAUUCCACAUUCUGGUUUUAACGUUUCUCACUUAUGUCAUCAUAGAUGUAUAUACAUUUCCUUCAGGGUAGGACGACAAUCGUAGUACAAUCAGCCAGAAGGCCGUUCUCCAUGAAAAAAUAAGAAAACAUAACAUUUUUUUCAUUUGAGGCUUCGAUUUCGAGAAAAAUAAAUUUCAAUAUGUAUCAUACGAAUAUAAGAUCGGUUCAUAAUUAAAAACUUUUAAAUUCCAUUUUCUGAAAAACGAGGUCUUAAAUGGGAAAAUUUUAUUUUAUAUUUUCUACUUAUUUUCACGUGUAUAAAAACUUCCUUUGAUUGUUUUCUCUUACCUAGUUGAUAUUUAAUCAAAUUAAUUUUCAACAAAUUUUCAAACUCGAUUUUUUCUAAAACAAAGCGCUAUAAGGAAGAAUGUUAUUCUACAUUUUCGACUUAUAUUUUGUACCUGAUUGUACUAUAAUUAUCACUUCAUUAUGUGUACGAUGAAAUACAAAUCUGAUCGGUCAUUUCUGGUAAACUAAUAAAAUAUAAAAAAGAAUAAACAUUAGAAUAAUUAAUUAUAUAAGUAAAGCGUGUUUAUCUUUACAUUAAUCUCUAUAGAUAUCUCUACAAGUACAUACAUACUUCGAUUAAUAAUAUCAGUUUCUUUUUGUACUAAUAAAGGUUCUAUUUGAACAUUAAUAUUAAUCAUUUGAAAUUAUUUAAUUUGAUUUUAUAUUAAUCGGAUUUCUUCUCUAUAACCGAUUUAAUUAUUCAAUUAUAUAAUUUAGUAAUAUGGAUCUUUUAGCUAUCAUUGGCUUAAUAACUAUAAUUUAUAGUCUCAUUUACAUUAUUUGUCCGUGGUUCCUUGAUUGUGACUUACAUCUUGCUAUCUAUGAAAAAUUUGGCAAACCUGCAAAUACUUUAAAAGAUAAAGUAGUAUGGAUAACAGGAGCAUCAAGUGGAAUUGGAGAACAUCUUGCAUAUGUUUUGGCAGAGGCUGGAUGCAAAUUAAUUUUGUCAGCACGAAGGGAAGCUGAAUUGGAAAAAGUAAAAGUUAAUUGCUUGCAAAAAAAUACAAAUUUAAGAAGUUCAGACAUUGAAGUGCUAGUUCUAAAUAUUUGUGAUGUAAAUGGUCAUGAGUCAGCGCUUAAUAAUAUCAUCACUAAAUUUGGCAAAUUGGAUAUACUUGUAAAUAAUGCAGGACGAUCACAACGAGCAUUAUGGGAGAAUAUUGACAUAUCCAUUGACAAAGAAAUGUUUGACUUGAAUGUAUUUUCACCAAUAGCUUUAUCUAGAUUAGUAGCAAAAUAUUUUUUCAAAGUAGGUGCAGGUCAUUUUGUAUUCACUUCAAGCAUUGCUGGUGUUACGGCAUCACCAUUUUCUGCUACAUAUUGUGCAAAUAAAUUUGCAUUACAUGGUUAUUGUAAAACUUUUGCUUUAGAAAAAAUUGAUAAAAAUAUACCAAUUACAAUUGUAUGUCCAGGGCCAGUAUGUACUAAUUUUUUGAUGGAAGCAUUCACUGAUAAAAGUGGUGAAAAAUAUGGAGAAAAUGUGAAAGAAGAUCCAGCAAAUAAAGUGAGUGUAGAACGUUGUGCUACACUGAUGGGAAUUGCAAUAGCAAACAAGCUUUCUGAAGUGUGGAUUUGCAAACCACUUAUACUACAGCUGGUAUACCUUGGAAUUUAUUAUCCAAAUAUUGGAUUAUGGAUAACAAAGUAUCUGGGAGCAAAAUUUAUGCAUCGUUUGCGAGAUAAUGAAACAACUAUUAAAACAAAUACAAAAGAAACACAAUAAAUAUACAUUUUUUUUUAUACUUCAAUAUACAUUAUAUAUUAUGUUGUUUUCAUUCAACUCAUUUCUGAUUCACUAAUUUAAUAUUGUAGCUUUGUGCAACUUUUAACUUUGUCAUAUUUACUAUAUAAAUUCAAUAAAAACAAUAUUUUCAUAAUUAAAAA